CAGCUGGCAAUAAAUAACACUGUUGCAUUGCCCGAGAAAUUUAUUAUUGUCACGGUCAACUAGGGUUGUCAAUUGAUUGGCAGUUUAUAUGUCGCUAUAGUGGCAAUUCACUUUCUUUGUUGUCGCGUUGGUGUCUCUAGGCACAAGAGAAUUGACAAUUCUUGGACAUUUUAUGACCUCGUCUGUGAAAAUCAACUAAAAAUAUUGUGUUGCCUGGCGGGCAGUGCAACUCGCGUCAUUGUACACAUUCGUAUCGAAGUUAUUUGUGUCUGUUACUUCGUUGGAGAAAACAAUGCCACGUUUAGGUCUGGACACUAGUCAUAUAAUACCAGAGAAGGUGACAAACCUUGAGAGAACAGUUCGGAGUAAAGAUGAGAGAAUCACUGCUCUGGAAACUGAAAAUGCCAUGCUUUACCUCAAGUUAGCACAGCUUCAAGGCAAUAUAAGAAAUACUAAAGAAGAAACAGGUCAUAUGAAGAGAGUUCACGCUGCUGAUCAGAAGUUUAAAAACAGAUUAUCCCAUAAUCUGAUUACUCUGAAUAGACAGAUAAAGAAUUUGAAAACUGAACUACAAGAUGUGCGUACAGCUGCUUUGGAUUUACCUGAACAGUUUUUAGAAGAAUAUGAGAAAGCAAUUGAUCAAGCUGAAUUGUACAACAAAAGAUGGAUGUCAGAUAAUUUAGAUAUGAAGCAGUUACAGUUAAAAAUAAUGGAGUUAGAUAAGUCUUUAGCUGAUGCUAUUGAAAGACAUGCCAGGGAAAAGAAGAGAAGAAGAGAGCUUCACAACACAUUGGUGGAUUUAAAUGCUUUACCAGGUAUCUUUUGUCAUCUUAAAGUAUUAGAGGAAGUAUAA